AUGAAAAGUAUAAUUGCCACAACACUUGAUGGAUUUACUUAUCUUAUUAAUACUCAAAACAACCAAAUUCAGUGUAAAUGGAAACAACCACAAAAUAUAACCUCAGCUUCAACAGUAUCAUAUAACCCAUCACAAAGUAAAUUUAUAUUAUGUGAUAAUGAAAAAUCCUUUACUUAUGAAUACUCAUUUAUUAGAGAAAAUGUCAUUGCUAAAUCCCCUAUAUUAGAGCCACUAUCAUCUAUUUAUUAUCUUUCUACAUCUUAUAUUGUUGGUGGAACGAUUAGUGGGAAAAUAGUUGUUUGGAGUAACUCUAAUGGAUUACUUCUUAAACAAUUCCAAGCUCAUAAUAAGAAAAUUACUUCUAUUGUUUAUUGCAAUGAUAAUGGUAUAUUGAUUACUGCUGGUGAAGAUUCAGUUAUUCGUGGAUGGAAUUUUGUUAGUUUGUUUUGUAAUUCUGUUCCUGAGCCAUUGUUUACUUAUACUUCACAUUCUCUUCCUAUUACUGCUUUGUAUUGUGGAGAAGGUCUUAACGCAGGUAUUAUUUCUAUUGCAUUAGAUAAUACAAUGAAGUGUUGGAAAAUUGGAGAUUCAACUCCAACAGCUUCAUUUACUCUUCCUUCACAACCACUAUGUGUUUGUGUGAACAGUUCAAAAACUGUUAUUUCUGUUGGGUGUAUUGAUGGGAAAGUUUAUAGUAUCCCAGUAUUAUAUGCUCCCCAAUUUGAUCGUAUUAAUAAAAAACAAGACAUGCAGGGAAAAGUAUUUUAUCACAGUGAUUGUGGUGCUGUGAGAUGUGUACAAGAAUAUAAUGACACUUUGAUUGUAUCUUAUCAAAAUGGAAAUCUUAUCACUUUUGAUUGUGAAACAACAGAACCAUUACUUGUUAAUGAUGAGAUUAAAUCUCCAAUUAUUCAUUUUCAAAUCAUUUCUCCCCCACUUCACUUCAACUCUCUUGAAGACUUAACAAUUAAAAAGUCUAAAGAGUGGAAAGUUGAUACAUUAAUUCUAAAGAAAUACCCAGCUCUUGUUGAUGAAAUUCUUUCAACACCAAUUUCUAUUUGUCCAUCAAAACCUUCAAAAUAUGAUUUACAAAAAACUAUUUAUUCAUCAACUAGUCAUUCAAUUGAUACCUCAACACCAAAUAACCAAUCUGAAAUAGAAAAAUUAAAAAUGGAACUUCAACGUUGGAAAACCGUUAAUUCUCAGUUAAUUCGUUUAUUGCAACGAACAAAUUAG